ACAAGUGCACUGAUGCUGUCCAAUACCGUCGCGACGCUGCCUGGAGUCAUGGUUCUCCGGCUGAGCAUUUCCACCGCAGCGAACCAACUUUCAACUUUUAACUGAAGCCGUUCUGAGCCGCAAAUCUGUCUCGUGCCCGGUUAAUUUCGUUCAUGCGCCGUUAAAUCGCCUGAGGGAGUGCUUGAGCUACACAGUUCAUGGAAAGUUUUCCGUCUCGAUAGAUCUGUGACUACGGGUUGUUUGUUCUUGUGAAUACACGCUUCAGACGAAAAGAUCGGCUGGCUGUUUGUUCACUAUGUACUUUCGCAUUCACCAUCAGGCUGUUUAACGAUCUCCGCUAAGUUAAUAUGCGUAAUUCGUCGGACAUUGGACUGUCGGAGGAGUUAGUCGCGGCUGAGGAGUCGAUCGAAGCCGCACAAGUGUUGUGACACCGGGCCAAGACUCCACUUAAGAAGUAUGAUAAAGGCACCUUCGUCGGACCCACAGGGCUCCUCUCACAACAGUGACCUGCAGAGUGACCCUUUCACAGAUGAGCAGCUGAUGAAUCCAAGUCUGAGGUCUAGUUGUACAGUCCAUAUGCAACCAGUCCUGUCUGAGCCUUGCUUUGAGGAGAACCGGCUUAACAGACUGAAUUCUCAGGCCCAGACUGUUCCCGUGAUUGCCAAUGGCCAAGCCAAGCUGUAUCCCUCCAGGGAUGUGCGUCUGUUUCCCACCCAGACAAAAUGUGGGGACAAUGCCCCGCUCAGAGGACCACCAGUCACGCCACAGGCUUGGUCUGGAUUGGCUAGUUUCCGUGUCAUGGGUUCUUUCAAAAAACUGCGGACUUCUGUGCUCCAAGGAAUCCAGAACCGCAGCAAUGCGAUGGCAGCCGGUCAGGAGAGAAAUCUGUCCUCGAUGAUUGAGCAUGGCGGUAGUUUUUUAGUAACCAAACGAGAGGUUGCAACCAAUCAAAUCCAGGAAACUGACAAAGUGUCAAAUGGGACGGCUCGAACUGGAAAGACAUCUUCGGUUUCGGAUGAAGAUGACUGUGAGGAGGAAGCGUGUGGGUUUAAGAGGAAUUCCCAUUUCUCUCAGAGUAUCCGCAAGGCUUAUGGGACAGGACGGAUCUCAUUGCUUGACAUAGCUAAGACAGAGAGCCCGACUACCAGUGAGCCUGACCCCAGCAACACUGUGGAGUCCAUCAUACCUUGCAAGAACCUUGAGACUCAAGAAAAUGUCAAUGUUCUCAAAAGACUAAGCAAGAGUGCAGAUAAUCUCCAUGUCUUCAAGGGUAAUUUUAGACGCAAUGUCACCUCAGCUGAGCCACAGAACCCAGAAUGCCCCAGUACUAUAAUUCUUCAGAGGACCAUCAGUUCUUCAUCGGUUGACUUGCAGGAACAUGACUCAGGUAGACGUCAAAGCCCCAUGAGGACACGUGGACAUCUGCAAAAACUUGUCGGUAGUUUAACUGACCUGUCAGUCAAGCGUAAAAACACGCCAGGCCCCGCCCCCAGAAUACCUCUGUUACCUAUCAGUCAGCUACAUGAUGACUACUCCCGCAGAACCCCAUGUGUACCAUUAAGUGGGCGCCAGCGGAGGCCUUCACCCACACCCAGCAAGGCCCAGCAGGCCAACACUCACCAACACAUCCCAAAUUUACACCCCGCGCCCUCCUGUCCCGCUGUCUUUAGUUCCAUUCUAAAUGACUCUUUGGAGCCUCCUAGCAAAACAACAGCCUUAAUAAGUGACUAUGUUCCGGUGGCUGUGUCCUCGACAGAUUUGUGUUUAGAUGUUCCAGUCUCUCCACUGGAAAAAUACUGUGAACCUAUGGAGUGCCAUCAAAAUGGAAUAAAUAACCACUACUUUCAAAUGCCCAAGCAGUGCUCAAGCCCCAGUCAAAAGCAGACAGUCAAUGGCAGUAACGUUAACUUGGAGUGUCUAUGGACUGAAGAGAGAGAGACUGAUGAUCUUGAGGCUUCAUCUGAUAUCACAAAAGCGUUUCUCAAAAGUGAUGAGAUCUCAACCGCUGCUGCUUCACCUGUCACAAACACCUGUUCCUCAGAAUCCUCCCUGGUAACUCCAACAACACCAAUCUCUCCACCCUUUGCCAGUGACUCUCCUGCUUCUGUAGUGGCCAGGAAAAGGGCAGGUCGCUCCAGACCCCGGCCAGUGUCUGACUAUGGCCAGCUGGCCAGCUCAAAGUACUGCAUCCCAGAGGAGGACAGGGAGUCUGAGACUAUGGACUACACUUCCCAGAAGGACUACAAUACCAAUGGCAGCUACACAGAGAGUAACAGACCUAAGAAUGGUCAUGUGUGCACUCAAACAGAGAGCAGAAAGAGACGUCCCAUCUCUGUUAUUGGAGGAGUGGAUCUGUUUUCAUCCCCAACUGCUGAGCAGAAGGACGACACUGAGAGCUUGCCUUCUCCGGUAUCUCGUCCUCCAGUUCCCUCUCACAGAGUGCCUCCAUACCGGGCCGUGUCUGCCCGCGUGAGACCCUGCGUCUUCUCCCAAAGCACACCUAUCGGUCUGGAUAGGAUGGGGCGGCGCAAAGGGCGCAGAGUGCUCAGCGAUGGGAGCUCUGAUCCAAUGCUCGAUGACAGUGUGAGUGAGGAGGACGGCAGCUUUGAAGAACUGACUGAAGGAACACCAUAUCUCCAACCAGAAGUCGACCUUUUCACUCUCAAUCAGUACAUACAGUUGGGUCAUGCCGUGUAUGCAGAGGCUCUGUGGGACCAUGUCACAAUGGAAGAGCAAGAGCUGGCCUUCAAAGCCGGGGAUGUGAUUCGGGUUCUGGAUGUUCAGGAGCAGGACUGGUGGUGGGGGGCGGUGGGCGACCGUGAGGCCUGGUUUCCCUCCAGCUUUGUGCGAGUUCGGGUGAAUCAGGAGGAUUCCAGCAGUGAUGGUGUGGAAAUCGCACCGGAUGCAGAGGAAUCCGUCCCAUCAGAUGCACAUAAACAAAACUCGCAGCACAGACAGCAGAUGAGAGCCAAUGUGGUCAAAGAGAUCAUGGACACAGAGCGCGUUUACAUCAAACAUCUCAAAGAUAUCUGUGAGGGAUAUAUCCGUCAGUGUAGAAAGCACCCUGGCAUGUUUACUGAUGCACAGCUAAAAACAAUCUUCAGCAACAUUGAGGACAUCUAUAGGUUCCAGAGAAAGUUUCUCAAGGACCUAGAAAAGAAAUACAACGCUGAAAACCCUCAUCUCUGUGAGAUUGGCUCCUGCUUCCUUCAACAGGAGGACGGUUUCUCCAUAUAUUCCGAAUACUGUAACACACAUCCAGUGGCAUGCACUGAAUUGCAGCGAUUGAUGAAACAAAGCAGAUAUAAACAUUUCUUCGAAGCCUGUCGUCUCUUACAGCAGAUGAUCGAUAUCUCCAUUGCUGGCUUCCUACUCACACCUGUACAGAAGAUUUGUAAAUACCCUCUUCAGCUGGGAGAGCUUUUGAAAUACACACCCAAAGAUCACAGUGACUACGCAGGGGUGUGUGCUGCACAUAAAGCAAUGAAGAAUGUGGCAAGUCUGAUAAACGAGAGAAAAAGGCGACUCGAGAGCAUUGACACCAUCGCUCACUGGCAGGUGGCCAUCCUCCACUGGGCGGUCAAAAUGAAUUAUUCUGAUCAUCCUGUGCCUCCUCACCAUCAGCCGCUACAUCCUCUCCAUCAGCGGCAUGUGACAGUGCCAACCAGCAUCCCCCAGCAGCAGGUCUUCUCUUUAGCAGAGCCAAAGAAGAAGCCAUCUCACCUGUUGUACUCGUUUGCACGCAGUGCCCUCUUCAGGAAAUGA